CGCCUGCUGAGAUUUGAUAGUUGCCAUGCUUGUAUCGUUUCGGUGAAGGUAAAAUACAUUUUAUUAUCUCUAUGAAAAAAGCUACGGUUGCUUUGCGAUUAGCUUUAUAUGGCUGCAAGAAUAGACCUUUUUAUUACCUGAUAGCAACACACAGAAAGAAGGCUAGGAAYCGAGGCUACUAUGARCAAAUCGGAACAUUUGAUCCAAUGCCAAACACAAGAAACGASAAACUUGUYAGCUUGAAUAUCGACAGAAUAAAGUACUGGCUAUCAGUUGGUGCAGAACCAUCAAGACCAGUUGGAAUGCUUCUUGGUUUGGUAUGAUACAUGUACAUUUAGUAUUUACAUUGUAGUCUUAUUCAAUA